CUAGAUCUAGAUUUUAGAUCUAUCUAUAAUAAUAUUACUGGUUUAGGACAGAACUUUUGUACAUUUAGAAACAAUUCUUUUUGAAUCACAAUACUUUUUUCUGUAUGUUUACAUGUCCUUACAGAAGCAAAGAAAGGUGAAAGUAUCAGAAUUUUUCUUCAAAAUAUUAUUUUGUCGCGCACGAUAGCCUAGGCUAUUUUUCGGAUGUAAUUGGUGCCAAAAACCGGAAGUCUCUAAGAAGUAAGAUUCUGUCCGUGAUGGCCAUCAAAACAACUGGGCCUACUGUGCUGUCUACUGCUGACAUGUUUUGUGUUUAGGUUUUCAUUUGCAGACUCGAAGCAAAGGAAGUAUCGUGAGUUUUCUGGUUAUGGCUUCAACACCUUAUCGAAGAGAAGAUGGAUAGAUAUUAAGUAGAUUCUUAGUUGUCAACUGUUUUAUGAACAAUGUGUGCUGCUGUGAAUUCGACAUCAUCUGCAUCCUCUCCCUCGCCCUUGCGAACCCUGCAGACUACAAAUAGACCAAGGGACAAAUGCUACGAUUAUCUCCUGAAAUUCUUACUAGUAGGGGACAGUGAUGUUGGAAAGGAAGAGUUAUUGUCUGGAAUGGAUGAUGGGGCAUCUGAGUCUCCAUACGGAUAUGCAAGCAGCGGAAUCGACUACAAAACUACCACGAUAUUGUUGGAUGGUAAACGUGUGAAACUGCAGCUAUGGGUCACCUCUGGACAAGGCAGAUUCUGCACAAUCCUUAGGUCAUAUUCACGUGGUGCUCAGGGUAUCCUGUUGGUGUAUGACAUCACCAACAAAUGGUCGUUUGAUGGAAUUGACAGAUGGAUCAAGGAAAUAGAUGAGCAUGCCCCAGGAGUACCAAAGAUAUUGGUUGGCAAUCGCCUUCACUUGGCAUUUCGCCGACAGAUUAGUGAAGCUUGUGCUGAGGUCUAUGCUGAGAAGAACAAUAUGGCAUUCUUCGAAGUUAGCCCCCUGUGUGAUUUCAAUGUGACAGAGUCUUUUGCUGAGCUGUCUCGCCUGGCUCUGAAAAGAAAUGGCAUGAGUCGUCCUUUUGGAUUUAACAGAGUGCUGAGCCUGCAAGAGCUGGCCUGCCGCACCGUGGUGUCUUGCACCACAAUCUACGGUAUCGAGCAGCUGCCGCUGCCCAACUCAAUCAAGUCCCACCUCAAGUCAUACGCGCUGACGAACAAGACGCGUGCGCGCAUGCUCAGCUUUGUGCAUCGUGACAAGCACAAGAAGGUCAAGUAUCUCAACCCCUGCGAGUCUCCGCCCAUGAACUGUCGGAAAAGCUGUGUUAUCAGCUAGUGGGCUGUACAUGUCCUGUACAUAUUUAUUAUCUCUGGAGAGUUCAGGAGUGAAAAUAGUUGUUACUGUAUUUUUGGAGGAAAAAAAGAAUUGCUCAGUUUUAUCUUAAAAUAGUACAAUAACAGAUUUUAGUAUUCAUCAUGUUGUAAAUCAUCUUAUUUGUUUACUGUUUGUUUCAUCACGUUCUAGAUUAGCACUCAUGCAUGUCAUUGCUACAGUAUGCCGUGACCAGUGCAGACACAGUUUUUGAUCUGAAAGGUUUUUUUUUCUAAAUAUAAGCACAGACUAUUCAAAUGCUAUUUAUUAAUUAUUUUAUUGGUUUUACUGUAUCUUCUCAGGGUUUCAUUUCCAAGUAUAGUCGGGCAUGGAUAACUCAAACACGUCAGGAAUUGGCAAAUGUGUUCAACACAUCCAUAAUUUUAGGAAAUGAUAAAUAAAAUGUCAGAGGGAUAUUGAAAAAAAAUCAGGGGAAAUAACUGAUGGUACAAUGGUUAGAAAAUAAAUCACUGUCAUGGGUUUACUUUAGCAGAUUCAAUGCACACAGUGUUGUUGUUUGAGUGAUGCCACAUCUCUUUUUGAAUCUGUCCAACCAUCCUGUGAAGUCAAGACCAAGUUACCCUGUGAUUUCAUCUGCACCUUGUUCAGUGUCGAAGCAAGAAAAGGUAGAGAGUGUUGCUGAUGAGCCUUAUGACUAACAAAAAUUGCUCUUACAUAAGAUCAUGAUCAUAACAUUAUGACCAACACUGGUGAGAGCUCCAUACUUUUAUGAUCAAACAACCACAAACACACACACAUGCACACAAACAUAAUUCACACACCACACAGCCAGAUGCAGCGCUAUACUGUCUUUCUUCAAUCACAACCCAACACCCAGCAUCCUCCCUCUCAUGACUAGAUUUAAGGAAGUUCUAGUACCUUAUGCACACUGAACGUAAUGUGUGAUAAAGCGUCUGGGUACCAGCAGUGUGUGUAUUCCGAUUGUGUAGGGGCAAGCCUGGUGAUCUGAUACUCUCGCUGGUGAUGGGUAUGUUGUUUUCCAUCGUGUGUGCAGGGAGAGUUGAGUUGAUGACAAUUGUGAGAAAAAAUUUGAUCAGGUUUUUCAAGAUGAGCUGUUUGACCAAUGGGUAUGGGUUUUUGAGAAAACAGUGUUGCCAAUACAAAGAAAAUAAAGCGGUUCUCUCAGGGACUGGCAUAUUGUAUAAACUAACCAUGAUUUCAAGUUUUACACGUUCAUAUUAUCUGUGUCCAGCUGUAUAUCUUUUGAAAACUGACUAGGCUGAGAUUCUGAGAAGUGCUUGGACAGAAAAUGUGGGGCUUGAGGAUUUUGUUAUGACAGCUAUACUUAAACCUUCAGCAAGCAUUUUCUCCACAAAGUUAAAAGAGAAGUAUGGCCAUUUUUACUCCUGUUCUUUCCACUCUUUGAAUAUUACCAUGUUGAACUUGUGCUUUUUGUUUACUUGUAAUUUUAAUGUAAAUAAUCGUAUUGAGUUUCUGUGUGUUUGCCUGUUCGUUACAUGAGUUCUUGAGGUGAAGUUUGUCUAGUUGUUAGUAUAUGAGUGCAUCUGUGAGAGAGAUAAUAUGUGGGUUUUAAAAUGCUGGUGUUUUGAGCCAUGUCUCAUUUUUUAAUUAAAAUUUUUGGGAUUUCCCCCCACAGUUCAUGAGGCUAGCGGCCAUCACGUCAGUUCAUGCUAAAACUAGUUAUGGCUGCUGGUAUCUUUUGAAUAGUAUUUGUAUGAACAUUUUGCUGGGUUCAUUUCCUUCUGAGUGUCACAGUACUUUCAGUAGAAAAUGCCUUUGGAUAUUAACUGUGAAUUUAGUAUGUGAUAUUGCCAGUGUACACCUGGAUAUUUAAUAAUUUAUUGCUCUUUUUCAAACACUUUUAAGGGAUGAAAUUUUUACAUUCGUUAAGAUUUGCAGCUCUGGCAGUGAGGGUUUGAAUACAGCUUAUGAGGUGAAAUGGGAAAGAGGGAAAAAAAUUGCUACAUCCUCAGAAUAUAUGGAAACCAAAUGCCUCAGCUGUGCAGGUACUCUUGUGCGCCAUGCUAUGAGUUUUGGCAGUCUCAUGGUCUGUUUUCUGAUUUAAUCAGAAAAAUAAAUGGUUAUGGCCAAAUGCAAACUACCAGAUAGGUUUGGAGCUGAACGAACUGUUUUGAAUUGUCUGAAAUUUUGAAAGCAUCAUUUAAUUUGAGCUCCUAGAACUGGGGCCUUUUUUAGGCUCCUCUUGUUUAAAAUCUUACUUCUGAGUUUUCAAUUGAAUUCCAUGUUGGAAUUUCAUCUCCAGCUUUUCCUUUUUUUCCAAGCGUUUUAUGUCUUGGGAUGAUGAACCCUUGAAAAAGUUUUGCCGAACUUCUCCAAAACCAUAUGGACCUUGCUUGGUUUUUAUUCUCCUCAUCCUUUGAUUCCUUGUUCUGACUCACAUUUUCUGCUUGUACGCUGCUGGUACUAUCUGCAGAAAGUGAAUUAUAAAAAAAACAAACCUUUCUGUGCAGUGUUAUCUUAAGGCUUGAAGGGCAUCAUCAGAACUUUUCAGUGUACAAUGUUUCCAAAGAUGAUUGUUCAGUCGUUUUUUGGGGGGGCGUUGGAGAAAGAUUGUAGUUUCUAGAGGAUUUUCUGGGAGAAGAAAUGUUGAUUUUAUAUUUUCACUUGCUCAUAUCCCCAUCUCAAGUAUUUUAGCUUUGUCUUUUUUUAUGGAGGGGUAUUAGGUUUAUUUGCGUUCUCUUUUCUCCUACUGGUAGUGGUUAAUGAUGGCCAUACAGGUCCUGUAUAUAUAUAUUCUUCAUGGAAAGGUCUUCCUCUUUGAUUUAUGAGUGCUAUUUUUGGUGUAAUUGUCAAACUCUUUGCUUUGCAUGGAGAGGACGGGAGUUCUAUUUGGUCAUGGGUAUGUUUAUCUUCUUUGUCUGCCUCCUGGGAUGCUGUAUUACAGUCAGUUCAUGUUGGCGUUGGCCUGCUUCUUAAAUGUUCUGCAUUGUGUUAAUGGUGAGGGAUGUAAAACUUAUACAAUCUUUUUGAUUUGCAGAUAUUUAUAGAAGUAAUCUCAUUUCUCCUCAAGUAAAGACUUGGUGCUCAUUAUUUAAAUUGAAUUUCCAUCUAUUUGGCCAUUUGUUUUUCUUAGAUCUUAGUUUAUGCUUUAAUUUAAUGUAUUGUGGGUGAUGUUGUUUACACCUGCCAGUUAUUUACCUUGUAUACUUUUGUUCCUUUUAUUUCUUUACCACUGCACAGAGUACUCUGAAAGUCAAGUGCGAGAAGUCACUUUUCCUAUUGUCGGUGACUUGAUCUGCUCAGUAGAAGUUCUAGGAUCAAAUCAGGAUUACGUCAAAAGUAUUUUUCUCUUCCUUCUUGGAACUUUCCUGCUUCUUCUCAAUCGCAUCAGCUGGAACUUUCCUUCUCAGCCGAAGGAUAUGGCUGGGGAUGGAGUGCUCUGUCUUUGGAAUGACUUACACUGUUUAGCAGGGUGCUCAUUAGUGUAACAACUUCUUUGACAACUCUUUUCUCUGACCUUGCGCCUUUGCUUCUCUUCCUCUCCACGAGGGAUGAAAGGAGUCAUUUUUCCUCUCUUCCUCUCCUGGGGGGAUGAAAGGAGUCAUUUUUCCUCUCUUCCUCUCCUCGGGGGAUGAAAGAAGUCAUUUCUCCUUGCUGCUAAAGCUUCGUGUGUUUCAGAACUUGGUUCUCUGGCUCCUAUAUAACUAGUCGCUCUCCUGCGUUGUUGAACGUAUUCAAAGUUGUAGAGAUCAGAUGAUUUGACUAGAUACCAUCUUGAAUACGAUCUCAGUUUGAUUGGUCACAGAUGUGAUGCAGCUGUGGAGAGAGACUAGGAACUUUCAGAAAGCAUGCAGACAAACCAUUUCAUUGCUUGUGGCAUCUUUCAGCAAUACGUCGGACCCAAAGGUUGGGACAUAGUUUGUUCUGAUUGCCCUCUUUAGUUGGAGGAACGAUGUUUCCUUUCUUUGAUUUGUUGUGAAAUAGUUAAAAUCUUCCUGUUGAACGCAAGUGAUGUUCGUUUAAUAACGAUAAAGUUGUUCAGAGAAGUUUUCGUAUGGUCCUGGUUAGUUUUACUACAGGUCCAAUUUUAUUUUGUGCAGUGAAAUUUUAAAAUUAAAUACCUAUGAUUUUUUAGUGUUUGUAGGACUUUUCUUCCUUUUUUGCAUUGCAACUGUCUCUGGGAUAGUGAUUUGUAGAUUCUAAGUUCCUAUAGUUUUGUGCUUGAUAGGAGAAUUGCUUCUCCUGGUAACGUUUUGUUCUUUGUUCUGUUCUCUUUUGUUCAGAGGCCAGUUAUAAUCUGCUCCAAUUAACGUCUGAACAGGUCACUUCAGAAGCAAUUUGAACCCCUGCUUGUUGACAGUGGCAGAGAGAAAGAGAGAGAGAGAGAGUGCUCUGAGUGGUAUGAGUAUUUGAAGAAUUCACUUCUCCAUGGCAAAAAACACCUCAAUUUCGACUUUUACUGUACAUACUUCUAUUGAUCUGAACUCUUUGAUUGCUUGUUGACUGUCAAUAUCUUAUGUAACAUUUUGUAUGUGUUCGUGCAUAUGUGAGUACUGGCAUGUGUGUAUGUAUGUGUGUGUGUGAGUGUGUUUGUGUGUGCAUACAUGCAUUUGAGCCAGUCUUCUAUCUGGCUUUGGUAUUUAAAAAAAUUAUAUGGUCAGUGUUGAUGAAGACAAUAUUUUCAUAUCAGUAUUUACACAAGUACCAGCAUUUCUGGCGCCGCGGCUCUACCUACUCCCUCUGACGGUUUCUUAAAACUGCAUUGAUCAAAACAGACUUCCCACCCCAAGAAUAUGAUACAGCAUUGCCUAUGGCCGCCAGCAUGGGCAAUACAGUGGAGUAAGUGUAUAAUAAGUUUGUCUAUGACAACAUGGAUGGUAACAAACAUUCAUUCAUCAAGCAAUGAGAAAUGCACCUAUGUCAUAUAGCUCACCAUGUCAAUAAGCACCUGGGUGAAGUGAAAUUUGUGUAAAGUGCCUUUUCCCAUGGACACAAUAUCGGACCCCUUUCAGGGUUCGAACUGAUGACCUUGCAGUUGUGAGCACAACUGCUUAACCACUAGACAACCGACGCCAUUGAGAUGACGUUCCAGCUACAUUUCAAAAGCUUUCUCUUUGAAUGCACAAUGUGUCAAAAUUUCGGAUUUUUUUUCUCAUUUGCCUUUGAAUGGUUACAAUGAACCUUGUUUUAAAGAUAAGCCCAAAGGUCUCAGCAUCUGGUACUUGGGAAUUUAUUGUAUACAUACUCCACUGUGAAUGUGUAGCAGCAGCUUAACAAUUAUUUUGCCAAAAUUACAUAUUAUAUUAUAUGUGUGUGUGUGUAUGUAUGUAUGUAUGUGUGUUUUCUUUGAACAUUGCUCUGAUGAUUCUAUUUGGGUCCUGCAGACUUUUGAUUGUUUUUUUAUUUUUUAUUUUUAUGGGAAACACGUGGUGACUGUUGUUUUUGCUUCUGUUUGGUAUUGUUUGAUUAAUUGGAUUUUUUUCUCAACAGUUAACAUUUUCUUCCAGCUUUUUCAUCAAAUGUACCUUCUUUUACUCACUUCCACUCUUCUUUCUCAGGAGCAGGCACAUUAUAUUUUUUGGGGGGUUUAUUUUUCAAGUUGUAAAUUAGGAAAAGUCAUGUGGGGAUUUUUUGUUGGUGCAUGAUGACAUUCUAUUCAUUUUCAAUCUAAGGAAAUGCUUCAAUUUGUGUACCUAUAAUUGUGUCAAGUUCGUUUGUCAAUUAGCAUAAUUUGGGAAGGCAGUUUUAAUUGUGUCUGAUCCAAGGUUAAUUUCUGGUUGCCCUUUUGGAUGACAACUUCUUUUGUUUAAAAAAAUGAUGCUCUGAAGACUGGCUUAAUUUAUGAUUAUUAAAUUUAUUGAAGAUGGGUUUACUGUCUGAAUCUGACCUUUAAUUCCCCCCACCUUUUCUUUUAGAAUAGCUGGUUGUCUGUUGGGAUAGAUAGAUUGAUUGAUUAUGAGUAGACUUUGGUCUCUUUGCUUAUUGAGACUGAGAUUCAACCUUUCAAAUUUGAUUUAAAAAAAUUAAUUUUAGUAUUUGCAAAGAUUUAUUUUUAUGGUAAGUAUUCAAAUUUAAUUUUCAUUUUUGUUUUGUCCAUGUUGAAAAUAUCUUUAUAUUGAAUUUUUAAAUAUUUGUUUCACAGUAAUUGUUACUUUACUGAACCCUUUCAAAUGUCUGCUCAACCAAAGCAUUGACUUGUUAGUGGCUCACAGUUUUGCUAAUGUUGUACCCAUUUUGUCAAAAUAUUCUGAUGCAUUUGAAGCUGUUAGCCUAAGACUGUCACACCUCUCACAGGUCCUCUAUUUCCUGUCCAUACAGAAUCUUUAGUCUUCUCAAUAUUUUUUUGGUUAAAUCUUAAAUCAUGUUUCCUUCAGUUUUCCAAUAUUUUUUGUACACUGGGAACCUAACUUUAGUUAUCUGUGUGAGAUGGGGUUACUGGUUUCUGGUUUGAUUUAACUCCUUCUGUGCUGUGCACUCAUGUAUUGGUGCAUUUCUUUACACUUAUAACAACAUGUUAAUCAAUCUUGGUACAAAAGGAGUUAAAAGAGCUGACAGUAUCAAUAUCCUGGCUCAUGGAUAGUUGCUUGGUCCCUUGCCUUAGAGUCACGGCAGGGACAGAGUGAUUGUGCUGUUUCUGCCAGAAGCCAUUCAGUGACAGCGAUGUCUUGUCAUCCCUCUCCACGUCUUAUGAGCUCCCUCUUUUCCCUCAAGAGUGCCCCUGUUUCACUCUGUUUCUCUAUGUGCUGAAUUCCUGUAUGGCACUGCAGCUCAUCAACUAUUGAGUGUGUGCGUCUUUCUUUCUUCAAAUACUCUUCAUUGGUGUCUUAAUUUCUUUUCUCAUCUUUGUAAAUAUGCAUGAGGUAUAAAGAGAUAUGUACCGUACUCUUUGUUGUCUACAGGUUCUUGCAUAAGUAUUAAUAAUUCGAUAUAUGGAUUGGGAUGAUAAUGUAGGGGAUGCUUCUUUUCCAGAAAAUCAACUUUUUAAAAAAAGGGGCGGGGGGGGGGGGGUGUUUCCCCCAGAGUUUUGCUCCCUACAUACGUGUGUGGUGUCAAUAGUUUUAAUGAUCGUAAUUAAAUUUGUUCCUGAAAAUUGGUAAGUUUUCUUAAAUUUUAUUGACCAAAUAAUCAAUUUUUUUUGUUUCUUCCAACUCCACCCUUUCUUUCUCUUUUGUGCUCUCUCCCAGUCUAUCGUCUUUUGUCUGCUCUAUUUGUUUUAACGUCAUGUCUCUUGCUCUACCUCAUACGCUCAUACAAAAACCUGCCCACACUCUCAUAACCACAUGCAUUCUCAAACACUAUCCCAGUCCUGAAUACAGGCAGAAGCUGAAACACUUGCAAAAUCUCUAUAAAAUAUCUCUCUCUCUCUCUCUCUCUCUCUCUCUCUCUCUCUCUCUCUCUCUCUCUCUCUCUCUCUCUCUCUCUCUCUCUCUCUCUCUCUCUCUGUCUCUCUCUCCCCUCUAUCCCCCUCCUCCACCCCCCCUAUUCUGCCUUCUUGUGCUCUGUGCUGUAUACAUUCACACCCACGAAUACAGACACGCCCACGUUCAAAACAGGAACAUGUUUAAGGCUCCCGUACAACAAUAGAUCUGAUACAUUAACUGGUGCUUAAUUCUGUGUGCAUGUAUGUGUGUCCUUUCCUUGUGGGUGUCUUGAAAGUUUUAAGCCUUUUUCCCCAUCUAUUGAGUCAUACCCUCUGUUUUUGCUCUGUUUAUGUGGUGAUGAGCGACUGUUAUGGAUGAGAAAUAAAAAGUUAAGUUUGUAUAGAAAAA